GGGGCAGCACCCGGAAGUAGCGGCCGGCGGCAGAGGAGAGCGGCGCAGCCGGCACCGCGCCCCGCUGAGCCGGGGAGGGCCGAGCCGCGAGCGCUGCGCGGAGGUGUGUGGGGGCGUUGCCGUGGAGAGCGGCGGGGGCCUUUCCUCAGUGCGCCUGAGGGGGGCUGCGGGGUCUCUGAGGCUCCGCCGCCCACCUGGCUGCCAGCAGGCGGCCCGCAGGCAGGGCACUCGCUGAGGCACUGUUACAGGAAGGAGCUGAGCGCAGCCCAGGGCCGGCGGUUCCCUUCCACAGGCGGUGAGAGGUCCAUUGGAAUCCCCGGUGCUGAGGUCCAGGUGAACUCCGGACCGCUUGGGUGCUGGCCAAGUCUGACCUGAGAUUUUCCCAAACAUCAUGGGAGAGAUUAAAGUCUCUCCUGACUACAACUGGUUCAGAAGCACAGUUCCUCUUAAAAAGAUAAUAGUAGAUGAUGAUGACAGUAAAGUCUGGUCGCUGUACGAUGCAGGACCUAGGAGCAUUCGGUGCCCACUCAUAUUUCUUCCUCCUGUAAGUGGAACUGCAGAUGUGUUUUUCCAGCAAAUUUUGGCACUGACUGGAUGGGGUUACAGAGUUAUUGCUUUGCAGUACCCGGUGUACUGGGAUCACCUUGAGUUCUGUGAUGGAUUCAGAAAACUGUUAGACCACCUUCAGCUGGAUAAAGUUCACCUUUUUGGAGCUUCUCUAGGAGGCUUUCUGGCUCAAAAAUUUGCUGAAUACACACACAAAUCUCCCAGAGUUCAAUCUCUGAUUCUGUGUAAUGCCUUUAGUGAUACUUCCAUCUUCAAUCAGACAUGGACAGCAAACAGCUUUUGGCUGAUGCCUGCUUUUAUGCUGAAAAAAAUUGUCCUUGGGAAUUUUGCAUCUGGUCCUGUAGAUCCUGAAAUGGCCGAUGGGAUUGAUUUCAUGGUGGACAGGCUGGAGAGUCUGGGCCAGAGUGAGCUUGCCUCGAGACUUACCCUUAAUUGCCAGAACUCCUACGUGGAACCUCAUAAAAUUCGAGACAUCCCUGUAACUAUUAUGGAUGUGUUUGACCAGAGUGCACUCUCAACUGAAGCAAAAGAAGAAAUGUAUAAGCUUUAUCCUAAUGCCAGAAGAGCUCAUCUCAAAACAGGAGGCAAUUUCCCUUAUCUCUGCAGGAGUGCUGAGGUCAAUUUAUACAUUCAAAUUCAUUUACUGCAGUUCCACGGUACCCGGUAUGCAGCUAUUGAUCCCUCUAUGGUCAGUGCAGAAGAACUGGAAGUCCAAAAGAUCAGUCUUCAUACCAGCAGUGAGCAAGAAGAGCAGUAGGUUUCUGACUGCCAGUGAAAAUGAGGAAUCAGUUUGGUGGUCUUCCUGUGUACAAUCAUCUGUUCCUACUCUGCCUUUCUCCUUGUGUUAGCCGAUUAUCACUGUGUGAUUCCAAGAGGAUCAAGUCAGUGAGCUACUCGCGGACAAUAAACAUUCAACAAUGUAAUAGGGCAUCUGUUUAAUUUUUAGUCUCUGAAUUCAAGGAAGUAUCUUUGAAGACUACAGUUUUAAAAACAAAGACAUUUUUGCUACCAAAGUCUUCACUAUCAUGUUCUUAAGCAGAACAGUAUUUCUUUUUAUAUUUUCACUCAGCUGUAUAUAUUGCCACAUGCAGGUUGUGUACUUAUAAGCUGACAUAUAUUUUUGUUGAGUAUUUGAUUUAAAAGAUGUUUAAGUGCCAAUGUUGCCAUCACUUAUGCUCUAUAAUCUGUGUUGCAAGUUAGUUUCUAUUUGAAAUUUUUAACUUUCUUGCUAGCUGUUUAAAAAUGGUUUUCAAUAAAACUUCAAUUUCA